AUGGAUGAUGAUGGUGGAUGUGGCGGCGGCGGUGGCGGCGGCGGUGGCAGCAGAGGUGGAGCUGGAGGUUGCGGAGGCGGUACAGGAAAUGAAGGUGCUCCUGGGUGUACCGAAAGUCAACGUCGACACGCCAUAAAACAGACCGGACCCAGCCAACCCGGCAGCCCUACCCACUACGCCGAAAUCGCUGAACAAAAAAGUUCGCAACAAAGAGUCAGCGAUUCCAGCCAAUAUUCUGUUGAAGAAGAAAGGCCCGAAGGUGCAGGAGGAAAAGGAGGUUCGGCUGGUCGGCCUGGAGAAUCAGGUCGCAGCGGUGCCGGAGUAGGAGGAGGUGGAGGAGGCGGCGGAGGAGGGGGAUGUGGAGGCGGUAUUGGAGGCGAUGGAGGGCCUGGAGGCGGCGCUGAAAGCAAAGACUGUACACCGCAGGUAAACGAUUCGACGAGUACACCUUCAUUUCAGACGACCGGGUUGCCACCACUCAGCAAACCAGAGAAAAACUCGGCAAUGGGAUUAGAUGGAGGAAUAAAAAAAAAAUAA